AUGCCUUCAACCAAAAGGAUUUUGGUAGUUGAUGUUUUUAAGGUAAAGCAUUUGUCUGGCAGCCGUCUCGCUGUCAGUCAGCAGAAGACAGCAGAAAGCACCUACCUCUUGUAUCUUAUAGAUACAGACCUAAGGCACGAACACAAUAGCUGUUUAAAUGGUGUUUUAUUGUUUGACAGGGAAAGGUGGAAGUAUGACUCCAUUUGCUUUGAAAGCUUGAAGUAUUCCUGCAAGCAACUGAUGGAGGAGGUGAAAAGCCAAGAUCCAGGGCUCACUGGCCUGGUCAAUCUGGGCAACACGUGCUACAUGAAUGCGGUUUUGCAGUGCCUCUGCAGCAUGCCACCACUCGUGGAAUAUUUCCUCUCAGGAAAGCACAAAGUAGCCCUACAGGAGGAUACCAAUGAUUCUGCAGCUGCCUUUAGCUGGUUGAUAUCCAGUAUGUGGCUUGGAGACUGUGACUGUGUUUCCUUGGAUAGUUUCCAUUCAGUCCUUGAGAAGCGGUACCCAACUUUUACCAAGCAGACUCAGCAGGAUGCACAGGAGUUUCUGAUCUGUGUGCUGAAUGAGCUCCAUGAGGCUCUCAAGAAUUCAAGCAGAAUAAAACAUGUCCCUGAUGCACAAAGAAGCAGAGGCCGUGCCAGCGAAACAUCAAUUAUCACAGAGCUGUUCGAGGGACAGCUCAGUUACGCCAUCACGUGCCUGGAAUGCAGGACCACCAUCCGCAGACCUGAGAGCUUCACUGUUCUCUCCCUGCCCAUUCCUUCUAAGAGCAGCUGCUCUCUCCAGGACUGUCUUGAAUGCUUCUUUCAGCAAGACACGCUGACUUCCAACAACCAGAUCCACUGUUCCUUGUGUGGAACAAAACGAGAUGCUGUAGUUGAGACCACCAUAACCAAGGCACCGCAGAUCAUUAUUUUUCACCUGAAGAGGUUUGAAUGGCAAGGCAAGAGGAGAAGGAAACUUGCAACUGACAUCCAUUAUCCCCUCAGCAAUCUGGAUCUUUCUCCCUACAGAGCCCCACAUUGCUGUGUGGAUGCAGAGUAUAGCUUGUAUGCUGUAGUGGUGAGCUUUUCCUCUCUUUUUAUUUGUAAUUCCCUGCCUUAUACAGCAGAUGAAGAAGAAGGUUUGAACUUUUUACAUAUAAUUUGUAGUAGUGUAGUAAUAAUGUAA